GGUGUGCUGGCAUAACUCCGGCAUAAGAAAGUCAUCUCCCAUCUCGGGCUCAUUUCUUGGCGGUUGCUGAAACUGAAGGUUGAUAUGCGCUAAAGCGACCAAGCGCCAAACGAAGAAUGUGCACAGCAAGUGACCGGCUCGGUGAUACCGCCUCAAUUCGUGAUCCCUCGGACAGCACAGCGAUGGAGGAAAGACAGUGCGGGACGCCACCACGGCAAAGGGCAGGGAAUAGAAGUACACCUUCGCAUCACAGUGUGGGCCGGUGUCGGCCGCGGGGUUGCCAUCGAUUCCAGCGGAUAGCAGCGUCCCUGGUGCUCUGCCUAGCGUUAAGCAGUCAGCUGUUCCCACCGACGGUGGCCUCACCGUUUCCACAGUCCUCUAACGGGGCAACGCACCAUACACAUCACCACAACCAUCACCAGCAUCACCAUCAGCAGUCGGUGCAGCAUACGCAGGUUUCUGGAGCGUCAGGUUCCUCCGGCCAUCAACAUGGCGGUGGUUCCUCUUCGAGAUCUAGUGGAGGUAGUGGAAGCGGUCUCGGCGUGUACAUGAUUCGGUCGCCCGAGUCCACGAUCGCGCCGGCCGACGAUGAGGUCCUGUUCGAGUGCGAGCUCAAUCUCGUCCCCGAGCGGCUCGACUGGCGGUUUCGGGCCCAAGGCACUCCGGGUGUGCGCAAGGACUACGUCUAUAUCGGGAAGAACCAAGCGGGAUACAACGUCAGCACGGUCGACAGCCGGUACAAGCUGCGAGUGUCCGUCAGUGGCGCCACCAUCGGGGAGUACCAGUGUGUGGCGUGGUUCGGUGCGUCCGCGAUCGCCUCGAUACCGGCCCGGUUAACGCUUGCCACCAUCGGGCUCGAGGCGGAUCAACCUCCAGCGACGGGUGGCGGACGGCACGAUCGGGUGCCGACGAUGAUGCGGCGCGUCCUGCCACCGAUGCCGCAGCAGCAGCACUUCAAGGUGUUCCCUGGCAACAGUAUUAUCAUCGAUUGCGGUGACAUCGUCUCGAAUCCGCCGCCAAUCUGGAGCUACUACAAGGACGGUAUUACGAUCUACCCGAACGUGACGCAAAUCCAAACCGGCCGGCGGCUCAUCCUCCCCACGCUGACGCAACGCGACUCCGGCACGUACUGGUGCUCGGCGGUCAACUCGAUCACCGGCAGCGAAGUGAUCUUGCCGCAGAAGACCACGAUCGACGUGGACUACGUGGCCCGGUCGGCACCGCGUGCCUUCACCCAGCCACAGAACGUCUCCGUGCAGCCGGGCGAUACGGCGCUGCUCGAGUGUCCCGGCGUGGCGAACCCCGUGCCCAUCCCGAGCUGGACGCGUGCCAACGGAAUCCCGCUGAACAGCCGGGCCCGCAUUCAGGACUACGGGCUGCAGAUCUCGAACGUCCACCCGGAGGAUGAGGGCCAGUACCUGUGCCGGCUGCAGAACGGCAUCGAACCCCCGCUGAUGCACUCGGUUUGGCUGACGGUGCAGGAACCGCCGCGCAUCAUCGCACCGCCCCGUUCGACGCUCACGAACGAGAGCGACAGUCUGGAGUUGGAGUGUGUGGCACGCGGUUCACCGCGGCCCGACAUCUACUGGAUGCUGAACGGCGACUACGCCAAGUGGGACUCGCUGAUCCGCGCGAACGGGACGCGCAUGAUUAUCCAGUCGGUGGAAAAGCGGCACGCCGGCAUCGUGCAGUGUUUCGCGCGGAACGAGGUGGGCGAAGCGAGCGAGGGCAACCUGCUGCAGGUCAUCCCGAAGCAGAUCCCGGGCGGCACCGGCACGGUCCCGCUCGGCUCCGUCCCGUCCGGGGCGAAGGUUGGCGGUGACCAUUCGGCCAAGCGGAAGGGUGGCAAGAAGCACAAACAUCUGGUCAUGAUCCCUCCCUCCCGGCCAAACAUUACCCGCCUGUCGGACGAAUCGGUGAUGGUACGCUGGUCCGUACCGUCGAGCGACGGUCUGCCGAUCCAGUUCUUCAAGGUGCAGUACCGGAUGCUGGGCGAUCCGACCAAGAACAUCGCGCGCACCCAGUGGAUGACGGAGAACGAGGACAUCCCGCCGUACACGCGCUCGUACGAGGUGAACAAUCUGAAGUCCGACCACCUGUACCGCUUCCGCAUCGUGGCGGUCUACUCGAACAACGACAACAAGGAGGGGGCCGCGUCCGGCAAGUUCCACCUGCAGCGCGGUUCACAGCUUGGCCUCACGAAGAACCACCUGCUGGCGCCGACGCUGACCCGCAUCGAGUCGAUGUCGCAGCACGCCGUCGUCCUGCACUGGCAGUUCCCGCUGCAUCUGCCGCAUCCGAUCGAUGGGUUCUACGCGUACUACCGGCCCGCCACCACCGCCGGCGAGUACUCGAAGGCCACGGUCGACUCGAGCACGGCGCGCCACUUCAAGGUGGACCAUCUCGAGCCGGGCACGGCGUACGAGUUCAAGCUGCAAUCGUUCACCGCGUCGGCCGCGUCCGACUUCAGUGCGAUCCUGACCGGGCGCACCCUUAAACCACCGACCCCGCCACCCACCGUCCCGACGGUGAUCGCGGCCGCCGAGGGUGCGGACGGUAGCCAGGUGAUGCCAGCGAACUACCUGCUCGUGAUCGGUUGCGUGAUCAUCGUGAGCGUGCUGGUCGUACUGCUGCUCUGCUGUUGCUUCAAUCGGCGCAAGAAGCGUGGCCACGCUGCCGACGAAACCGACGCCAAGGUACACAUACCGGUCGACCAGAACGGGUUCGCCGGCGCGGUCAGCAACGGAGGCCCCCGAGUGCACCACAAGACGCGCGCCAACGGCAUCAACGGUCGGAUGAACAUCACGCCCAACCCGCUCGCACAGGACGGCGACAAGAAUCGCACCGUGAUGGAGCUGCGCUUCCUGCCGAACACGCUGGUCGAGGGUGACCCGGCGGCGACGGCGAUCCCCGGCCGCCCGGAAGGUGGUUGGAGGAGGCAGAAAAAGCAACCCCCGACUAGCACCGGCGAGCAGCAGGCGACGGAGGAAUCCGCCCCACCGGAAGGCACCGAUGGUAGCGAUGGUAGUAGCGAGGGCGAUGGCGAUGGCGGCGUGGCAACGAACGUGACCGGCACUAAUAACAACAACCACCAAUCGAUUCCCAACCAACAACAGCACCAUCUGCAGCAACAGCAGCAGCAACAGCUUCAUCUUCCCUCCGGAGGACUUCCACCGAUGCAUCAUCCGGGGACGGCGGCGAUGAACAGCUGUGGCGUUCCGACGAUCGGAGGUCCAACGGCAACCAUCCAGCAACAGCAACAACAGCAGCAGGAGCAGAUGAUGUUGGCCUCGAUGCCCCACCGGAGGACGUUGGAGCGUUCGGUCCGGACGAUCCCGAACGGUGGAAGCGGUGGCGGAACGCCGACGAUGAUGCACGAGACCGGCGGGGGAGGUGGUGAGAUGCCGAUGGGUGGUCAUCCGCCGGGGCGCAACUCGUCCAUCCGGCGAACGCGCCGUGGAUCGGGCUCCGUACCGGGCAGCCCUCGGAUCGGCCGCGGUCCAAGCAGCGAGUUCCUUCAACAACAACAACAGCAGCAGCCGGCGGGGGUGACGGUGGUAGCCAGAUCGCCGAUGCCGAUGAGGGCGGCCUCGGGCGUGAAGCGGAACGCGGCCGCACGGCUCGGCCGGGCCGAGAACAUGUCCUCGGGCAGCCUGAACAGUAUUGAGGUAUGAGAAUGACCGUACGUCGUCACCGGCACGGGACGCGGCUGGUGGCCACCGGACCCCGGUGGAGACGACGACGACGACGAACGAGUGGACAAUGUGAUAGAGCAGCCUACCCACCCGCAACCACCAGCACCAUCCUCCUCCUCCUGCAAGCGUCGCCGGCGGCGUUUCUUCAAGCUGUAUCUCUUACGCAAACGAAGGAAACCUCCACCAACGACGGAGCGUAAAGGUGCAUCCUACCGUCAGCUUCCUUCCCCGGUCGACGACGACGACGAGGACACCUUCCAUCUCGCCGACGACGAAGAGGAGCGACGAAGGGGACGAACGCUGCAGGACAGCGAGCACCAUUGCCGCAAGCAGGCGUUCUACGAGCGCGUCAACGGGUACCGGCUCGUCUCCUGAAUGUCCGCCCUCGAGCUGCUGCUGUCCGCGUUGCAUGACCUCGUGGUCAGCGUGUAGCUUCGAAUUGGGCACCCCACACACACACCAACACUGCUCCGUCCAUCGGGUUGCGGAUUCGUUUCCGGCGUUGUUUUAUUUUACUUUAACCGUGUCACCUUGCCUUGUUACAAUCGAAUCCCCGAUCACGGGUACUGUAAGAAGAGGUUGAGCUAGGGGGGAAUAGGGCAAGCCAAGAUCCCAUAGGAUGUGGGGGGAGGCUUGUAGGAGAACCGUUGUACUUAAUUUCUACCUAAAUAAGUAAGACUAGUUUAUUAUUUUAACACCCGAAAGGAGAGCAGAAACGGUGAAAGAUAGAAAAUGUAAAUAAAAGGUGAAAACGGAUGUUUGAAAAUAGCAAAAACGAAAAACAAAAGACAAGUACCUUCGUUGCGGAAGGAAGAGGCACAGAAGUGUUAAGGAAAAGAAAAACUUCACGAGAAGAGAAAGAGCAAAAUAGAUCAAACAAAUCAAUCAAAAAAUAACAUAGAAACAAACGAGCAAACGCAAAAACAAAAAUAUACGCUUCAUUUAACAAGCAAACGGCAAACUCGGUACCGAGUGCAGAUCGGAAGAUCGCAAGAUCAAGUGUAGGGUGAAUGUAACAGAAGGAGGAGUAAAAAACCGAUGUUAUCUAGCAGCAGCUUUUACUGACUGAUGAGCACUGAUUAAUUAUAGCUGUCCGAUAGAAUGUUCUUUUUAAUUGUGUAGCGUUAGUAAGGGGAAAGAAAAAGAAGGACGACACAGGCCUUUUGUCCUGUGUUUUAUUUUAAUUUUAUUUUAGUAAUUCACUUCUGUUUUUUUUUUUUCGUUUGUUUGUUUUAAUUCCUAACUCAAACAAUCCCCGAGCAACAGAAGCCAGUCGAAAGUGAAAAAAGAAAUGUGAACGACUUUUACGACUGCACCGAUAUACUACUUAAUAUUGCUACUACUACUAGUACUAGCUGCGCUUACUAACGGCCGAGAAUGAGGUAGAGAGAGAGAGAUGUGUUAUAAAUGUGCUGUAAAUUAUUUAUUUAACGCAAUCCCGCACACCUUUAGGAAAAAGGGGGAAGGGGGAGGGCCUAAUGAAGAUGGUAUUUUUUUAUUUUGCCUUUUUCUACUUAAAACUUACUUAGUAACAUUAGCCAGAACGAACGAAGUGGAAACAUUUAAACAAAAUAUACAAAACCCGUAUCCAACCGCUUCCGCGAAAUCCGAAAGCCCACGGAAUACGGGGUUGUUUAGCGUUAGGGUAAAUGGUAUAUGUCCUCGAAUCGAAACCCCCCCCCCCCCGGACCGGCGAGGGAACUGUGUACAUAGUGUUUUCCACGUUUUCCAUCACACCGCGCCUCGGCAUCUCGGAUAAAUAUAUAUGUAUGUAGAGAAACUGGAAAACUUUAACAAAAUAUACGAUAACACUAUGAGAGGUUAGAACCGAAACAUACAAGAUGCAAUGUGUUUUCCCGGAUGGUCAGGAGUGAAGGAUGUGGAAAUGUAGAUCGCAGACGAUCAAAUUUGCUUAAGACAAUGCGACGAAGGUCGGGUCCGGCGUCGCGCGGAGGAUCCCGGGGAUCCGUAUACGCAAGCAUUUGAAAUGUGUUUCACUGUACAAAAGAGAAAAUAUCUAUAUAUAUAUGUAUGUGUGUAUGUGUAUCGAUGCGAGAGAAAAAAUGUAUACUGCACAAAAGCGCAUAAGCGAGAAGGGUGGAGGAAAAACUGCAUCCACAAAUCACACUUCCAACAAGCUUUGAUACCUGAAACAUUCAAUCAAGUCCCGCGCACAACGAACAGGAAAAUAUAGCAUGUGCGGUUGCUUAGGUGUGCGUGUUAGAGGAAAAUCUGGAAAUACCGGCGGAAAACGGGUGACGUUUUCGGCUGGAAAGAUGUUGAAAAAUAAAGA